AUGUCGAUAGAAAAUUGGUUGUUAUUACAAUUUAGUCAAAUACCAUUGAUUAUACAAAGACAGAUUAUAGGAUUAUGUUUGGAUUAUAACUCGUUUAGUACAUUAUCAUUGGUAUCAAAGACAUGGUUUGAAUCUGUCAGUGAUAGAGUAUCAAAUAGUGUUACUAUUAGAAGGUUUACUCCAUUACAUGGUUACUCGUUAAAAGACUACUAUGAUCAUACAACCAACCCUUUUUGUGUUUUAAAAGGUAUUACUUGUUUGGAUACUUAUCAUCGUUCAAGACAACCAAGACCAUCUAUUUUAAAUAUUCUUGGUGAUGAAUCUAUUAAUGGUCAACAACAACAACAACAACAAAAUAAUUCAAGUUAUCAUUGUAUAAAUGGUUUUGAUUUGUUAAAAUUGGAUCAAAAUAAUAAUCAUACAGAUAAUAUUGAUCAAUAUAAACAAUGGAUAAUUAGAUUUUAUCAAUCUAUUAGAUCAUUACAUAUAGAGAUUGAUAAGGUACAAUAUUUGGAACAUAUGAAAUACUUUCAAGAAUUGGUACAAUUGACCAAUAUGUAUAAUAUACCAAUCAACCUACACUCGCUUUCAAUAUCUGGUAUGUCAUUGUCAGACCACUCUAUUGUGACAACUUACAAUCAACUAUUUGAACCAAUCACGAGAAAUUUGGUAGAUUUAGAUGUCGAGAUUUACGAUCAAACCUAUCUAUCUCAACUCGUUUUAUUUCUCCAACGUACACCUACCAUUACCAAUCUCAACCUUCGAAUCAACAAACCACUAGAGUCUGAUCACUUUGGAGAGUUGUUUUCCAAUCUACCAGAGGGUAUUGUUCACUUUAAUUUCUAUGGUACUCAUCCCAACGCAGUAUUCCCUUUCAAUCUAUUGUCUCGGUACCGAUCAUUGUCGGAUCUAGGUGUCACCAUUACCAAUGAAAAGAACAAGAGAGCUCUUUUGGAAUCCACCAUUGUACGAAACCAUGACAAGAAUCGUGGUUGUAUCAUUACCGACCUAUUCAAUACUAGUCUGGAAUAUGACGAUGGGUUGGUUCGACAACUUUUAGAAACGGCAAAUCAUGUCACGUCAUUUGAAAUAUCGUUUCCAGUGUCUGUUCCACCCAAGAUUCUAUUCCAUUCCAAUAUCACGAGUAUAUGUCUUGGCUUUUAUCACGAGUUUAGUCAGGAUCUAUUGGAAGGCUUGUCUUGUCAAUGUCCCAAUCUCAAUAGCCUUACGAUAAUCUUUUACUCGUCCUUUUUUAUCAAUAUCAUCCCAACCGUCACGCACGUUGUCCAAAAUAGUCAUCGCCUCAGGACACUCAUUGUCUAUGGUAUAGAGUCGCAACCAAGUGUCAUUUCUAUCGCCCACGAACUCGCUCAACCAUUGUUUGACGCAAUUGCAAGCCACCACUACCUCUACGAAAUCUAUUUCAUGAUACCCUACUUUUUUGAUAUCAAAAACUCUCAAGGCAAACUAUCUCAACCUUGUAAUAAUUUUGAAAUGACUUUUAAUGAUAUCCUUGAAGAAUGGAGUAUUAUUAGAAAUAAUAAAUAUUAA